AUGCAAUUACAAAUAACUUUGCUCAUAAUUCUCUUUGAUUUGGUAGCAAUAUCAGACAGUGUUUACACAGCAUUAUUACCAUAUUUUUCACCAGUGGCAACAGAUAAAGGAUUUAGUGAGACUGAAAUUGGGAUCAUGUUAGCAUUUUAUCCAAUUGGAAGCGUAUUAGCAACACCUUUUGUUUCUUUAUGUAGUUCUAAAAGAAAGGCAAUAUUGAUAGGAUUGAUACAAAGUUCUAUAGCAACAGUAGGUAUGGGUGUAUCAAAAUAUACUGAAGGUGGAUUAUUUUUUGCAUUAUCUUGCAUUUUUAGAGUCAUAAUAGGAUCUGUAAUAAUAAUUAUAAUAUUUGAAUAGGGAGCAUCAUUUUUAUUAAUUCCAUCUUAUGCAGCAUUACCGAUAUUAUUUAAAGAUGAUGUUACAUAAAAGAUUGCAAUAUUAGAAAUGGGACAUUGUAUAGGUAGAUUAACAAGCACUAGAUUUUUUACAUUAAUAGCUUAAUUAAUAUAGUUUGAUACUUAUUAGCUUCCUUGUUAUGGAUUAGCAGCAAUAUAUGUGAUCAGUUAUUUAAUUACUCAUAAAUAUUUUUAUCUACCUGAAGUACCAGAAGGGAUAUCUCCAAAGAAGAAAUAAAAAGAAUAAGAGAGAAUUUCAGUUAAUAAUAAUCCUCCAAUAAAUAUUACAAAGAGUUAAUCUAUAACGCCUAUUGAAUGUGUUAUUUAAAAUGAUAAUUCUUUACUUUAAUAAAAUGAAGAAUUAAAUUAGUCUUAAUAAUAAUUAUAACCAGGGGAUGUGUUGAAUUAGUCUGUUUAAAAUGCAGAGAAAGUUGAAGGCUAAUUAUAGAGACAUGACACAACAAUCUAAACUUUAGAAGUACCUCAACUAAAUGUAAUGAGAAAAAGUAGUUCCAGUGGAGGAGAAGAAAAGUCAGCAGAAGGAGAUUCUCUUAAUGGGAAAAAGGCUAUAGUUAAAUGGUAAACUUAAAUAAGAUAGAUCAUUAAGUAAAAAAGAGAAGCAAAAUAAAUAUCUAUUCAUAAUUCACCAAAAAUGAAUCACAGUUAAUAAAUCAAUCAUAUUAGUCUUUUUGAGAGUGGUGCCAAAAUGAAUAAUAGCACUUAACUAGAAGUUCUUUAAGAAUAAGCAGAAGUUACUGAAGAUGAUAGCAAAUUAGAAACUAAAGAUUAUAUAGAUAUCUUCAAAAACAAGUCAUUAUAAGUUACAUUCAUCUUUUUCUUUUGGCUUUCUGCACUAGAAAAUGGAUUAAGACCUUUCUUGGUUAAUUAUAUUUAUUUAUAUAUAGGCUAAUGAAUUAGGGAAUUAUUAUGGUCUCUCGGAGUAUAACAUUUCUUAUCUUUUUAUGAUUCCUAUCUUCACAUACCUCUUAUCAGCAAUCUUAGUAGCACGUUAAACUUAUUUUCAAGAAUAAACUCUUUUUAAAAUAGGUAUGUGGAUUUUAGGAAUAAGUUUCUUUUUUUAUUGUCCUACAGUACUUAAACUCCCUCAAUCAAUUUUCUUUAUUCUUUUUGGAGAAUUUAUUAGAGGAAUAAGUUUAGGUAUUGGAUGUGCCCUCUUUAUUCCUAAUAUUAGUGAUUCCUGUAUAGAUAAGGUUGGAAUAUGCAAAGCAAAUUUAAUAGGAGCCAAUCUAUAUUAAUUUGGUUGGUCUUUAGGUGAUAUUUUUGGUCCAAUUAUUUGUGGUGCAUUCGUUGAAAAAAUUGGAUAUGAAAUCACUACACUCUGCUCUGGAUUUGUAAUCUUAGUUUUUACCAUCAUCUACUUAAUUUUCAGAAAAAAUAAACUACAUACUGUCUAAGUCUCUACAACUGAAAAUUUUAAUAACAAAGUCCCAUCAAAUAAUAAUGCUUGA